UGUGGACGUUCGUGUACAGCCAACACAGACUACUUUAUCGCUGAAAUGUAGUAAGUUGUGCUCAGUUUGGUCUGACAUGCACACAGCAGGUCAGAGGAAUUUUGGGGGGCUACUAAAGGGGCGUCUCUGUCUCACGUCUGCUAUCUGUUACGUUUAACCUGCAGCAGUUUUGAAGAGAAAAAAAGGAGAGAGGUUCCCGUGAGCACAAGGCAAUGUUUUUGAUAAAGAAAAAAGAAGGAAAAAACUAAAAGGGCGCUGUAGGUUAACUCAUCAGUCAACUGCAAAACUAGUGUUCUCACAGUCAAGAUGGCCUCCUCUGACUUUGACGGGACCAACCAAACCAAUUUCAGCGCCUUCUACUGUGAAUUUAAUGAAGAGUUCAAAUACAUUCUCCUCCCUGUCAGCUACGCUCUGGUCUUUGUGAUUGGCCUGGCGCUGAAUGCCACAGCGCUGUACGUGAUUGUGUUCCGCACAAAGCGCUGGAAGCCCUCCACCAUCUACAUGUUCAACCUGACCAUGUGUGACACGCUCUACGUCUUCACUCUGCCCUUCCUCAUCUACUACUACGCCGAUGAGAACGACUGGCCGUUCAGUGAACCCUUCUGCAAGGUCAUACGCUUCCUGUUUUACGCCAACUUAUAUGGUUCCAUUCUGUUCCUGUGCUGCAUCAGUCUGCAUCGGUUUGUUGGCAUCUGCUAUCCAGUCCGCUCCCUAAACUGGUUCAGCGCCCGUCGUGCCAGGUUGAUAUCAGUGGCAGUGUGGGCCUGUGUUUUAUUCUGCCAGGCACCCGUCCUCUACUUUUCAAGAACUAGGGAUGUGGACACUGAACGGAUCUGUUACGACACCACCAGCCCGGAGCUUUUCGACGACUUCCUGGUGUACAGCUCGGUGGUGUCGGUGCUCAUGUUUGCUCUGCCCUUCAUGGUGGUGAUGGUUUGCUACGGACUCAUGGUGAAAAAGCUUCUCGAGCCGAGCUGGAGCUCUGAAGGGAGAGCUGCGGGUGCAAGGAGAGGCCCAGCAACGUCCAAGAAGAAGUCAGUGAAGAUGAUCAUCAUCGUGCUGGCAGCGUUUAUGCUCUGUUUCCUCCCGUUCCACCUCACCAGGAGCCUUUACUACUCUUUUAGAUACCUGAGGCAAGUCGAUCCAACACAGAUUAGCUGUAGUUUGCUGGAGGCCUCCAGUGUGGCCUACAAGGUGACGCGACCUUUGGCCAGCGCCAACAGCUGUGUGGACCCCAUCCUUUACUUCCUGGCUGGGCAGGACGCCCGCAGCAAUCUCACCAACAAGUGCAAACAGUCUUUACCAAAACCAAGAAGUGUGAACCACUGUUUGACAACACAACUCUGAUCCAGUACGUGAAACAAUCUCAGCAGGAACGCAAAGGGUUUUGGUGAUACACUUAGCUGCCUCAAGAGUGCAUCAUCAAUGCUAAAUGUUCAGCAGCUGUCUGUUGAGCAAACGCAGGACUUCUGUUUGAAGAAGCAUGUGCGCUUCCAUGAAAGAAUUAUAAUUUACAUAUUGUUCCUUGUGUUUUUUUUGUUGUCUCCAAGUGUGUCGGAAUAGACAGAUGCUGCACUUUUAUAAGUUCCAUUUGUAAAUUUCACAGAGACCAAAUUAAAAGGAAAUAAUUUGGAACUUUCUUGGUGUAAUAUAAAGCUGAGUUUUCCAAAGUGCAGCCAUGAUGAUGGAAAGGUAAUAAAUGAACUUCUAAAUCAUGCUAGCUUACGGCAUUAAAAUUAUUACAAGAUGCGUAAGGUUGUGUUUUUGUGUUUGAAAAGAAAACCUGUGUUGUAAUGACGGCGCUAACCUACACAGUGCUUCACAGCUGUGAGUGGUUUGUUGUGGUUGUUUUUUUCCCUACAACUCUGCUGGAUAACUCUUGCAGCUGAUGUUUGUGUAUCUGGAACAAACAGUUCACCUUCCUCUGAGCUGCAUAUUGGAAAAACAUUACUGUGUUCCCUUCAGGGUUCAACCACACUGUGGCUUUUAAAGGCUCCUGGAAUAGAGCGUGUGUCACUUUGAGUAAUAAAAUGUGAAGGAAGUUAAAAUGAUGCUAUAAUAAACAAAUUUUGACAAUA